AUGCGCUUUCAGUCCAUCUCAUUUAGUUCAUAUCUAUCUAUCUAUCUAUCUAUCUAUCUAUCUGACAGGUACAGCUUAAAACAAGAAAUUGAAAAAUUUAAACGAGAAUUAGAGAGAUGUUUAACUCUCUAUAUGUUUAAUUCUAUUUUUCAAUCUACCGCGAUACAAUUAAUUUCAUCUGAAUCUAUCUAUCUAUCUAUCUAUCUAUCUAUCUAUCUAUCUAUCAGGUUUGUCUUCAGUUUCACUUACCUUUUUUUUCUUUAUUGCGAUUUAUCUAUAUCUUUAUCUUUAUUUCUAUAUAUUUCUUUCUUUCUCUUGCCUUUUUUUCUAUUUUUUUUUUCAUUAUAUAUCGAAACGUUUUCCUCAUUUUUAAUACAUUUUUUUUAUUUUUGUCAUGUUUUUAAAAUCAUUCUUUAUUUUAUUCAUAGUUAUUUGGUCUCUAGUUCUUUCUUUCAUUAUUUUUUGCCAUUUCUUUCUAAUUUACAUCUUUCUACUUAUUUCCUUCUUUUUUUCUUCAAUGGAUAUCUUUCUUUCGUUUUGUUUUUCUUAGAUCGGCUUUCCACUCUAUUCUUUCAUUCUCUUUCUUUCAUUCUCUUUCUUUCUUCUUUUUUCUUUCUUUCUUUCUUUCUUUCUUUCUUUUUUCUUUCUUUUUUUUCCACUCAUCUUCAAUUUGUUUUUACAUAUUCCCUCUUUUUUGUUCACUCCCUUUAA